AGCAGCUUCAAUAACAUCCCUUCAUCUCUCACGCACUCAUUCAGCAAUGCCCGAUGGCGGCGCUACUCAAUUCAUGUAGCUCAUCUUCGUCAUCAUCUAGCUACUCGCAUGGCGCGAGGGCAAAGACGCCGCUAAGGGCGAGAAAGAUCUUGAGGGCCAUGGACGCUGGGUUUGAGAGGAGUAGGAGAAAGGCUGAAGAGGAGGCUCAGAAGGAGGGAAAGGGCAAAGAGAGGGCGUCAGAUUGCGGAGAGAAGGAGACGAAGCAACAGCCGAAUAUUGUAGAGCCUCCCAAGGAGGAGGCGAAUACAGUUUCAACGGCGCCACCUCUGAAACGCCGCCCAUCCUCACGGCCGCGGCAAGCUUACCUAGCCAAGCUGGCUGCUCAGCAAAAGGAUGGAGAGCACGACGCCAACGGCGCCGAACCGUCUCGUGAUGCUCACGACGUCUCUGCGAAGGCAUCAACAUCCUCGACGAUGCGUCCACCACCUGUAUCCCUCUUCUCCUCUCGCUCGAAAGACCAGUUGACCGCCCUCACAAGCAAGACUGCCCUGGCCGACUCUCGCAAUCCUAUCACUCACUCUACCACAGGGCACGGCACGAUGCACUACAAUUCCUCGUCGACGGGCCACCAGGUAGCCAACCGCGUAGGUGUGGCCACCCCCUCUGGCGCACCAGAGGGUUGGUGGGCUACUCGCACUCGCAAACUCAGGCACCAACUACUGACGGACCAUGCCAAGCAGUCGGACCUCUUUCGGGGCUGUAAAGUGUACAUCAAUGGGUACACGGGCGAGUCCGUUGGGAACAAGGACCUGAUGCGACUCAUCACCCUGCAUGGCGGUGAGGUCCAUUUUCUUCCUCACGGCGGUACUACGCAUGUGAUCAGCGAGAUGCAAUUGAGCGCAAAGAAGCGCGAGGAGAUGCUUCAGCUCAAGGCGGGAAGAGUAAAGCGCUUUGUGCGGGUGGAGUGGGUGUUGGAUUCAAUUGAGGCUGGCAAGAGGAAGCCGGAGCACCUCUACUCGCACGGGACAGAGACGCAAAGGGGAAUUGGAGAGAUGAUGGGUGGGAUUACGAAGCCGGUCAAAGGAACGACGCCCUUUGUGGCUUCUGCUGGGCAGCAGGCCAAGCUGGCCUCGUCAGUUGCUCCAAGCAUCGUCGUAAUCUACACGCUUAACGAGGCGGCUCUCGUCUCUCUCUGGCCCUGCACUCCCGCCAUGUCGUCAUCGCCACCCGACUCGACACCGGUGAUUCCCAAUCGCCUGCCGGUGUUGCCACUUCCUUAUCCUUUGGUGCUGCAUCCCUCGCUGCUCCUGUCCAUCCCCUUGUCCUACGCCCAUUCGCUGUCCCUCCUCAAAGCAGCCUUGCAGGCGACGGACAACAAGCCGGCUAGCGAUGACUCGACAUCGUCGCCACCUCUAGACGCCUCGAAGCCCAUCCUAGUGGCGUGCAUCCCGACUCUCAAACCUCAGCCACCCAGCACAAAGGCAAUCAACAAUAGCGACAAGGAUGGAUCGUCAACACCAACGACGCCUUCGGUCAAGGUCAACGAUCUCCACGAAUGGGGCGUUGUAGCUCGCCUGAUGCGCAUGACCCGCCAACCAGCCACCGAGACUUGCAUCCUUACAGUCACAGGCCUCGCACGCAUCCGCGUCGAUCGUUGGCUCUCUAUGCGCGCACCUCUGACCAGCACAGCACUCGAUCAAGCACGCAACAUCACCGUGCCCGACGUACCCGUACCACUGGCAGCUUGCACUACCUUUAGCGAUGAUGCAGUCUACCCUGGUGCUGGCAGCGGGCCCACUUCGCAUCGAGAGCAUAUUCAUGCUCUGCGAGUCAAUGCAAUGGAGCUCCUCGACGCAAUCAUGAGCUUGCACACCACCACCGGAUCGGCAGCUGUCUUUGGAUCCACGGCAAUCCCGCUCAUGCCACCUGCCCUCAUUCGCAAGAUCCGCACCUUUGUGCGUGAAGCUCGCGACUCGCAAGCUCCACAGCUCGCAGACGUCCUCGUUGGUUCGCUGGGGGGCGCCUGCGAGUGGGCAGAUCGCCUCGCCAUCCUGUCAGAGUACGAACAGUGGGAGCGUGUACGUCAUUCGGCGCGCGUCCUCUCCAUUGGUGCAGCUCGUGUCCGACUGGCCAGGGAUCUACUCACAUCCCUGGCUGCCCCGCUCAAUGAUAGCGCAAAGGAGACGCUCAUCCGCUCUCAGCUCGAGGCAUUGCUCGCUCAGUUGGCCGCUCUCAAUCCAAACAUCUCCGCAAAGAUCACCACCAGUUCAGGAUCAUUCUCGAUCAACGGCUCCUCGUCCGACAACAAGCCCGGUAGUGGAGUUGGCGGCAUCAUUCGCAUUCGCGCGCCCAAUGGCAAGCCUUCGUCAUCAGGCGACAAUGGUCCCCGCCCACUAGUCAGGAGCGGCGGCAAUCCCUUCCGUAGCAUUACUGGCGGUGGGCCCCCGACCGGCAGAGGCGCCCCGGGCGGUGGUGGCAACGAUGACAACUCAGAGGAAGAAGAUGAAGUCGCCGAGCUGACACGCAAGCUCGAGGCUGCGCAGCUCACCCCGGAGGCGCGCAAAGUCUGCGACCGAGAGCUCAAGCGCCUCGCACGUAUCCCGCCACAGAGCGUUGAGCGUGGCGUCCUCAUCUCGUACCUUGAAGUGAUGGCGGACCUGCCGUGGGACAGGGUUUCGGCUGAUUUGAACAAAGUCAAGGUACCUGAGCGAAACAAGCAGGCCGCUCAGCAGGACGGUACCGCCCGCGUCACAGGCCACGACACCCUCACGGAGUCUGCCUCGCGUCAGGGGGCCUCAGACGAAGGCAUCGUAGCACGUGCUCGUCGUAUUUUAGACGAGGAUCACUUCGGCAUGGAAAAGGUCAAGAAGCGUCUCGUAGAGUACUUGGCCGUCUUGGAGCUCAAGGAGGCUCAGGCGCGCGAGAAGAUCGAAAAGGAAGAGCAGGCUAAGCAGCAAGCUGGCGAGCAGGUCGACAAGUCGAUCAAGACGAUCAGGCCUGCACACGAGGAUGCCGCUGGCACCGAGAUGCAGUCAGAGGGCGGAGAAGAAGAGAAUGCUACUCCUGGCUCCUCCAACCCGGAGGCAGACAUGAUUCGCAAGGUUCGCCGAGCUACUUCCAGCGACAAGGGCCCCAUUCUCCUUCUAGUCGGCCCUCCGGGCACCGGCAAGACCUCAAUCGCCCGCUCCCUCGCCACUGCCCUGCGUCGCCCCUUUACACGCCUGUCUCUGGGCGGUGUCCGCGACGAAGCCUCUCUGCGUGGUCACCGCCGCACGUAUGUCGGCGCCCUGCCCGGCGAGAUCGUCAGCUCCCUCCGCAAGGUAGGCGUGUCGGACCCUGUCCUCCUACUAGACGAGGUCGACAAGCUGGGAAGCGGCAACGGGCUUCAUGGUGACCCCUCGGCCGCAAUGCUCGAAGUACUCGACCCAGAGCAGAACAACAGCUUCACGGACCAUUACAUCGGCUGCCCCAUCGACCUCUCCCGCGUCCUCUUCAUCGCCACGGCAAACACGCUCGAUACCAUUCCGCCACCGCUGCUGGACAGGACUGAGGUGAUCCAGAUCUCGGGGUACACGCACGAUGAGAAGGUGCACAUCGCCAAGAGCUACCUGGUGCCCAAGGCGAUCAAGGCCGUCGGGCUCAAGAGCGAGGAUGUGCAGCUCGGCGACGACGUGCUGCUCAAGAUCGCCAUGUCCUACACGCGCGAAGCAGGCGUGCGCUCACUAGAGCGCUGCGUCGCCACGGUGGUGCGAGGGAAAGCUGUCGAGUAUGCAGAGCAUCGCAAGGGGCAGCGCGACUCGUACUCUCCCGUCGUAAAGGUGGAAGACCUGCGCACCUACCUCGGCUUGGAGACCUACGAGCCAGAGGUCGCGCAAAGGAAGGCCAGGCCGGGGACGGCUACUGGUCUGGCAUACCAAGGGUCGGGAAGUGGCGGGUUGCUCUUUAUUGAGACGUUGCUGCUUCCGCCCGGCAACGGCAGCCUCAAGCUCACCGGCUCCCUCGGCGACGUCAUCCGCGAAUCGGCGCAGCUUGCCCUCUCCUGGGUACAAGCUCACGCCCACCAUCUCGCCAUCACCAGCAGCGCUGACGCGCCGUUCCCAAAGAACGACGUACAUGCCCACCUACCUGGCGGGGCGAUACCAAAGGACGGCCCGUCAGCUGGACUGGCAAUCGCCUGCGCCUUCGCCUCCCUCUACACGCGCACGCCCAUCCCGCCUACGGUAGCAAUGACGGGGGAGCUCUCUCUACGGGGUUUGGUGCUGCCAAUUGGCGGUGUGAAGGAAAAAACCCUUGGAGCUCAUCGAGCCGGUAUCAAGCUGUGUAUCCUCCCCGCUCGUAACCGUAAGGAUGUAGAGCACGAUGUGCCCGAGAACGUCAAGGCGGAGAUGGAGUUCAGGUACGUGGAAAACGUCUGGCAGGCCCUGCAAGAGGUGUUGGGCUUCCCGGCUGACGAGAUCUGGGGUGGAGAGGAUGGGGGAGAGGGCAAAGGGUUGGAUGGAGAGAGGAGAAGGAGGUGGAUCGAGCAGGGCGAGAUGGGGAGGUUACAGUCGCGCGUCACUACGCCACACUCGUCGGCAUCGCACAGCAUCAGCCUCGCCCACCUCGCCACGAUUAGCCUCACCAAGCUUAGAUCUCUUCCUGCUUCAACCGCUACCUCCUCAUGGCUGCCCAAGAUGCCACGCGCAUCCUCUGGGAACUACCUGACGGACCGAUCGUACCACUUCGCUCGCACCAAGCCCUUUCCACCCGUUGCUGAGCCUGUCUCAGAAGAGGUCAAGACACGCGCCAGGGGUGGCAACGUGGCAGACAAGGACAAAUGGCUCAAGAGCUUGGAAGCAGAAGACUAUGAAAAGAGCCUCUUAAAGGUGCUCAUCGAGGAACUCGAGAAGGAGGUCGGCUUAGGCAAGAAGCUGCUUCCAACAGAUCGAGAGCUUGUCGUCGCCGCCUUCACCAUCGCUCGAGGGGCUUGGAGGAUGGCCAAGACCCACUACAAGGGACCACGCAAGAGCAGCUACACGACCAACGCCGCCGACGCAUGCUCUUCUUCCUCAUCGCAACCCUCGUCUUCCGCCCCAUCGCCCUUUUCAGCCAAGUCUGCUACUGGCCGUCCCGUUCUGAAGUACGGCUCCUUUGGGCGAUUCGGCUCGGAGAUGAAGCACAAGACCAGCACGCAGUACGACUUUACCCCGGAGGUCACAGCACUGAUGAAGCAAACGACGCCAAAGGGACAGCCCUUCGAGGUGGUCAUGGAGUGGAAGGACGGAUGCGGUAGCGCCGGUCAUUACCGAGGCAAAGUCGGACUUCCCCGGCACUGCUAUGCUUGUGACAAGGCGACUAUGGUCGACUUCCUCGAGGGCUUGCUCUGCUGGUUCGUCUAUGGCUACGACGAUGAAGACGGCAAGCCGGCCUAUCACAAAUACUGGGCCCCAGACGUUGUCGCGAUGUGCAGAGGCGACAUGACGCCUGUAGGUCGUCUGAUCGAGGAUAUGGAGGCAGGCCACGCUCAACGACUUUUCGAAGGGCUUGCCAGUCUUGUCCUUGCGGGUAUGCCAGUCCAACGUUACAAGUUCUUGCGCGGUCUGGGAGAGGCUGCCGUUUGGAUGGAGGCGGCUGGCAGCACCACGACGACAGCCACCACCAUCACCCCCUCCGCCAUCGUCAGCAACCCCUCCAGCGGCGGCAGUGAGAGCUGGAUCGAGCCCUUCGAGCUUCCCGGCAGCGAGAUCAAGGCGAACAUCAUCAAGAAGCACCUGUUCUUUGAUGUCGCGCACUCGGACGCAGCGAUUGCCUCAAACCCGAGCAGCCUCUCUGUACAGUCGUCUACUGAGGGCAUUCAGCCCAGCAGCAAGUCUGUCCAGAGCAGUAAGGCCAACCAGGGGCAAGGUCGCAGCAAAAGGGCGCCCGAGGAGGCAGAAGCGUCGACGUCGCAGAGCAAGAAGCACAAGGGCACCUUCAAGCGCAAGAAGAGGGACUGGUGCUGCUUGUGCCUAAGCCGCUGCGUCGAGGCCGUCAAGAGGGGCGAGCGCGUGCCGAGACAGCCUGGCGAGCCGUGGAAGAAGUGGUCGAGCAGCCACUACAGUGAGCACCACGCUGGCCACAAGGACUGCCCAGGGGAGGCGUGGGACGAGUGUGACGGUGAGAGGUUCGCAGACGUAGACAAGGAAGACCCCGAGGCGGUCGACCACCACCUCACCCACCACCACAGCUCGAAGGAGUGA